ACUUUAUAGAGGAGUUUGGGUAGGAGAGGGGUAGUACUAAGAGGAGUGGAAAGUUUUGUCUUGGAGUAGAGGAAGUCUUUUGUUCUGGGGCAGAGGUUGCUGGUCUCCAGGGGUAUCUGGACCUGCAGAUGUUGCUGCAUGGGAGAGGCCAUUUCUCUUGAACUUUGGCUUCCUGUUAUCCUGUGCACCUUGCAGGAUGUGUAACUGCUUUGCCUGGGACAUUUUCUCUUCUGCCUGGGCAGGGGUCUGACUCAAAGUUUCAGAUUUAUUUGAAAAACUAAGAGUGAAGGGUGAGGUCUGCAGAGUGAACUUAGGGUGAGUAAAAGAGAGAAAAAAUAAAAAUAAGAUUACACCCUAUAGCAUGAGGGUGGGCUACCAUGAAGAGGCACAAUAGUGAGCUCUUCAUGGCAUUUGUGUCCUUUUAUUCUUUCCAAAUGUCACAAGAACCUGUGAGAACUCUACAUAUAGGGUGCUGAGAAUUAUUUGGCACGUGUCCUGGAAUCUUGUACUUAACAGGUCCUGUUUCUCCCCCAGCCAGCUCUGCCAUGCCCUGCCUUCCCAUCUCAUCAGUAGGGAGGGGACAAGUCUAAAGUCAGAAGAGGGUGUGCUCUACUUACCCCUCAAAGAAAAUACCAGCUGGGGGCUGGGGAUGUAGCUCAGUGGUUCCACCGCCUGCCUCACAAGCGCAAGGCCCCGAGUUCGAUCCCUGGUACCAAAAAAAAAAAAAAGAAAGAAAGAAAAUACCAGCUGGGCACAGGGGAGCAUGCCUGUCAUCACAGUGACUCGGAAGGCUGAGGCAGGAGGAUCUCGAGUUGGACCCAGCCUGGGCAACUUAGCAACUUUAUGAGACUCUGGCUCAAAAUUUUUUUUAAAAGGAGGGGCUGGGGAUGGAGCUCAGCAUGAAGGCCCUGGGUUUAAUUUCCAGUAUCAAAAAGGAAAGAAGGAAAUAAGGGAGGGGAGGGAAGGAGGGAAGGAAGAAAAUGAAAAUAAAUUCAAAUGCCAACCCUCCCUGCUUUCCCGCCUGGCUGUUUGACUGGUGGGAUCUUGGAGUCCGUACGCACAUUUGCAGAUGGGAGGCCCGAGUUUAAAUCCCAGGUCAACUCCAGAUGAACACUGUGACUUUGGACACAGUAAUGAACCUCUCUGUGCCUCCGUCCGUGCCCACCCCCUGCACGAUGAAGAUCUUCAUAGGAGUGGCAGCUGCCCAGCACUUGGGGCCACUACCCCUCCUUUGCCCACCGAUGCCUCUACUUGAUGUUUGCGUGCCUGACCCUGGGGCAGCCGGAUGGAGUGGUGACCCACUGUUCCCUCGCCCCUCCAGCGCCAUGUGGCUCAACAAUACUUCCCUGGGGCCGUGUUUCCGGCCCACGAACAUCACGCUGGAGGAGCGGCGCCUGAUCGCCUCGCCCUGGUUCGCGGCCUCCUUCUGCGCCGUGGGCCUGGCCUCCAACCUGCUGGCGCUGCGCGUGCUGGCGGGCGCACGGGCGGGCGGGUCGAGUCCCCGCUCCUCCUUCCUCACCCUCCUCUGCGGCCUGGUCCUCACGGACUUCCUGGGGCUGCUGGUCACCGGCCUCAUCGUCGUGUCCCAGCACGCCAUCCUCUUCGACUGGCGCACCGUGGACCCGCUCUGCCGCCUCUGCGACUUCAUGGGUGUCGCCAUGGUCUUCUUCGGGCUGUGCCCGCUGCUCCUGGGCGCCGCCAUGGCCUCCGAGCGCCACCUGGGCAUCACGCGGCCCUUCUCGCGCCCCGCGGCCGCCUCUCCGCGCCGGGCCUGGGCCACCGUGGCUCUGGUGUGGGCGGCGGCGCUGGCGCUGGGGCUGCUGCCGCCGCUGGGGCUGGGCCGCUACUCCCUGCAGUACCCGGGCUCCUGGUGCUUCCUGACGCUGGGCGCGCGGCCGGGCGACGUGGCCUUCGCGCUGCUCUUCGCGCUGCUGGGCGGCCUGUCGGUGGCGCUGUCCUUCGUGCUCAACACCGUCAGCGUGCUCACCCUGUGCCGCGUCUACCAUGGCCGCCAGGCCGCCCGGCAGCGCCCGCGGGACGGCGAGGUGGAGAUGAUGGCGCAGCUGCUGGGCAUCAUGGUGGUGGCCAGCGUCUGCUGGAUGCCCUUGCUGGUCUUCAUCGCGCAGACGGUGCUGCGGACGCCGCCGGCCAUGAGCGCCUCUGGGCAGCUGUCCCGGGCCACGGAGCGGCAGCUGCUCAUCUACCUGCGCGUGGCCACCUGGAACCAGAUCCUGGACCCCUGGGUCUACAUCCUCUUCCGCCGCUCCGUGCUGCGGCGUCUACACCCGCGCCUCAGCUCGCCGUCCGGGUCACUGUCCUUGCGACCGCAGCUCGCCCAGGGCGCCCGGGCGCCACUGUGACUGGGGGGGAGCUUUACGGGCCUGGGGACCCCAACUCCUCCCUGGUCCCUUUGCAACAGCCUCUUCACGCCCUGCCCACUCGGAGCCCUCCUCCCCAUACUGUCCCCUGCUCUAGAGCACCCCCACGUCCCCCUAGCCCCAGGCAGGGAGUUUGGGGGUGCCUGGAAGGAAUCGGACUGUGAAGCCCAGAGGAGCAAGGCUUCUUUUUUUUUUUUGGUACCAGGGAUCAAACUCGGGACCUUGUGCCUGGCAGGCAGGUGGCGGAACCACUGAGCUAAAUCCCCAGCCCAAGGCUGCUUCUUGAAGCCCCCAGAGCUGGGGGUGCUGUGAUCCCCUAAGAGAGGCCUUGCUGGGGGUGGUGACUUCUCUGGGACAGCUCUGCCAGAACGGGUUCCACCUGCAGGGGAUGGCGGCACCCACCCGCCAUCGAAGCAAUCGGGAGGCAGAGGCAGGAGGAUUGGAAGUUCCAGCCCAGCCUGGGCAAUUGAGCAGUCUAAUGAGACCCUGUCUCAAAAUGAAAAGGAGUUGGGGAUGCAGCUCCUUGCUGAUCACUUGCCUAGCAUGUGCAAGGGCCUGGGUUCCACCCACAAGAAUUUUAAUAAAUAAAUAAAUAAAUAAAUACAUAAAUAAAUUGAAGGUGCACAGUGAG